AUGCCUUAUUUCCGAACAUACACAGAAAUCGAUCUGCUGGCAAUCAAACAUAAUGCUGAAGCAAUAAAGAGACACACGGGUAAACAGUUGAUUGCGGUCGUGAAAGCUGAUGCUUACGGACACGGAGCGGUGCCUGUAGCGGAAACACUGCGUCCAGUCGCUGAUAUGUUUGCGGUCGCAACCGUUGAAGAAGGAAUCGAGUUACGCCAAGCAGGCAUUCGCAAACCGGUUCUUAUUCUCUUUAGUUGCUUACCUGCACAGGUAGGACAAAUCGUUGAAUUCAGCCUGACGCCAACAAUAGGGGAUUGGGAAUUCGCGACGGCAUUGAAUGAGGUCGCCUCAGAGACCGCACCUACAAAGGUUCAUGUCAAUGUCAACACUGGAAUGAAUCGGAGUGGUGUGUGUCGGACGGAAGCACUGCAGUUUCUGAGUAGAUUGAAGACCCUGCAGCGUGUUGAAGUUGAAGGGCUUUUUACACAUCUUGCUACCGCGGAUGAGGUUGAUAAAAGUUUUGUUUCUGUUCAGUUGAAGCGGUUGGCAUCCGUCCUUGCGUACAACAACGGGAAAAUGGUUCACGUGGCGAACAGUGCAGCAACGCUGGCGGUUCCUGAAUCCCAUUUCGACGCAGUCCGUCCCGGUUUGAGUCUAUACGGCAUCUAUCCCGCAGCUGAAAAACCUAUUUCACUAAAACCUGCGCUUACAUGGAAGGCGCGCAUCGGUUGGGUAAGCACUAUUUCGAAAGGGGAGGGUGUGAACUACGGGUUGACAUACAAAGCACCGUAUCAAACCCGCGUGGCAAUGGUGCAGAUAGGCUACGGUGACGGCUAUCCUCGUUCACUCUCCGGUAUCGGCGAAGUGUUGAUUGAUGGAAUGCGCCGCCCGAUUAUCGGAAGGGUUUGCAUGGACGUGAGCGUGGUACAGUUGGAACCUUCAGAUAAGGUGUCCGUUGGUGACGAAGUCGUAUUAAUAGGGAAGCAGGGGGACGCGGAAAUCAUGGUUGACGAAAUUGCCCAACGCGCUGGAACAAUUCCUUACGAAAUCUUAACGCAGAUAGGUGCCCGUGUAAAAAGAAUCUUUCGUCCCGUUACUCAUAACAACGAACACUAA